UCGAGGGUAUGGUAUGGCCACAUGCUUUUCAUAAACCUCCAGCCAGCGACAAUCCAUGGAGAUGGAGGUCAAAGAGGAGCAAGGAAAAUAGCUCAGUCUUGAAAAAGAAAUGGAUUCACACACACGUAUAAAACAACUACUAGGCUGAGUUAGAAAUCGAAUAGAGCAAGAAAUGGAUCCGGAGAUAUGGAGCAGGUUGCCGGAAGACAUCCUGGAGCGGGUCCUCUCAUUUCUUCCAUUGAAAACGUUCUUGAGCCUCAGAUCAACCUGCAAACACUUCAAGUCCCUCCUUUUCUCUCCUUCCUUCGUUUCUAAACACUCUCCUGCUUCUCCUACUUCUUCUUCUUCACCUUUCUCUUCUUUCCUCUUACUUUCACACCAUCAGUUUAGUUGCAAAUGUCCUCUCUAUGAUACUGUCCAGAACGCUUGGCGCAAUUUGCCUCUUUCCUACUCUCCCACGGUCUCACCUGCGCAGUCCUGUACCCUUUUAUCGGCCUCCCAUGGCCGCCUUUGCUUCUCUCAUCCCAGCUCCUCCUCUUUUAUAGUCUGCAACCUCUUGUCAAGGUCUUCGAGAGUCGUCAAGUACCCCAAAUUUCCCUGCAGUUUCGAGUCCUUGACUUUGGUUUCUACGUCAACCGGUUACAAGCUAUUGAUGAUGUCUUCUUCUGGAUCAUCAAAUACUGCUUUUGUUUACGACUCUGGCAUCCACCUCUGGCAGCAGUUCCAGGGGAUCAACCUGAUUUUAAACAAUCAAGGGGGAGUAUUCCAUGAAGGGAAAUUGUACUUUAUCACCACCGAGCCUUUCCACAUCUUAUGCUUUGAUCUGGAGACUGGGAGCUGGGAGAGAUCUCCGAUUCAAUUGCCAAAUCAGCUUGCCUUUGCCAGGUUAGUCAGUGAUGGGAAUAGGAAAUUGUACCUGAUUGGGGGGAUUGGGAGUGAUGGGAUUUCAAGGAGUUUGAAGUUAUGGGAGUUGAGCGGAGAUGGAGAAAAUUGGGCUGAAGUCGAAAGGCUGCCGGAAAUGAUGGUGAAAAAAUUUCUAUCAGUUUGCUACCACAAGUAUGAGCAUGUUUAUUGCUUUUGGCACGAGGGACUUCUCUGCGUUUGCUGCUACACUUGGCCUGAGGUUUUGUAUUACAAGGUUUCUAGGAAGACCUGGCACUGGAUUCCCAAAUGUCCUCUGUUAACUGAGAAAUGGAGCUGCGGUUUCAAGUGGUUUUCCUUCGUUCCACAGCUAUACUCAUUUGCAUGAUCAUUCCGCUUUGGAAUAUUAAAGUUAGAGAUUCUAGUGAUCAAUUUUUAUUCUGUGAUGUUUUUUGAAAUACAACAGUACUAUUUCUUUCUUUGGUUGUAUCCUGGAUGAAUAUACUACUACUUGUUUUUGCA